GUGCUGCAAAUAAAACGCACAUAUAGCAGGGCUCGUGCAGAUCCUCGUCGCUCUUGUGUACGCGCACUGCAGGACUGUCUGCGAGCAAGACAAGAGUUGGAGCAAACUGGCUAGCAUGGCCGGGUCGCUGCUUCUGCCCCUGGUGGGCAGGGUGGCCGGCAAGGCCGCCGACGUCGUGGUCGAGGGCGUCACCCGCAUGUGGGGCGUCGACGGCGAGCGCGGCAAGCUGGAGCGCCAGCUGCUGGCGGUGCAGUCGCUGCUGGUCGACGCGGAGGCGCAGAGCGAGACCAAGCCCGCCAUCAAGAGGUGGAUGGAGGACCUCCGGGCCGUCGCCUACAAGGCGGAGGACGUCCUCGACGGCUUCGAGUACGAGGCGCUGCGCCGGCAGGCCCAGGCCGGCGCCGGCAGCAGCAGCAUCUCCACCUCCCGCAAGGUAAUCGGCUACCUCGACGUCCGGGGCAACCCUCUCCUGUUCCGCCUCAGAGCGAGCUGGGAGCUCAGGGCCGUGCUGGGCAGGAUCAAUGGUCUUGUCAAGGAGAUGAACACGUUCGGGUUGGUGGAGCGCAAGGAGCCCCCCCAGCAGGUCGCGUACCGGCAGACGCACUCGGCGCUCGACGGCUCCGCGGAGAUCGUCGGGAGGGAGGGCGACAUGGAGGAGGUGGUCGAGCUGCUGCUCGGCCAACGAGACGAGCACACGGUGCAGGUGCUGCCCGUCGUCGGGAUGGGGGGUCUGGGGAAGACGACGCUCGCCAAGAUGGUGUACAACGACCUCAGGGUUCAGAAGCACUUCGAGCUGAGGAUGUGGCACUGCGUGUCGCAGGAGAACCUCGACGCCUGUUCCAUUGUGAAAUCCAUCGUCGAGUUGGCUACGGGAGGGAGAUGCGACCUGCCCGACACCGUCGAGCUGCUGCAGGGGCAUCUGCAGCAGGUCAUUGGCCGGAGAAGGUACCUGCUGAUCCUCGAUGAUGUGUGGAACGAGGUGCAGCCAAAGUGGGAGGAAGACCUGAAGCCACUGCUGUGUUCUUCGAUGUUUGGAUCGGGAAGCAUCAUACUUGUCACCAGCAGAAGCCAAAAGGUGGCCUCUAUAAUGGGCACCCUUCCACCCUACGAGCUGUCAUGUCUGAGCGAGGGCGAUUCGUGGAAGCUAUUCUCAAUGAAAGCUUUCAGUAAGGGCGUGCAAGAACAAGCCGAGUUAGCCGCAACUGGUAGGCGUAUCGUCGACAAAUGCAAGGGGCUUCCUCUUGCUCUGAAGAUAAUGGGUGGCUUGAUGAGCUCAAAGCAGCAGGCUCGAGACUGGGAGACCAUUGCGGACAGCAACUUGGGUCGUACCAAUAGUGGCAAAGAUGAAAUCAUAUCCAUACUCAAAUUGAGCUACAGGCAGCUGACAUCUGAAAUGAAGCAGUGCUUCGCUUUCUGCGCGGUCUUCCCCAAGGGCCAUGAGAUGGAUAAGGAUAUACUGAUCCAACUGUGGACAGCAAACGGAUUCAUUCAGGAGGAUGGAACAGAUGAUUUGGAGCAGAGAGGCGAAUUCAUCUUCGAUAAUCUGGUUUGGAGGUCCUUUCUCCAGCAUGUGAAGAUAGUGAAGGCGUCCCGUUAUUCGCAUGGCUCAAAGCAAGAGUCAGAGGGGUGUAAAAUGCAUGACCUGAUGCAUGACCUAGCAAAAGAUGUUGCAAAGGAGAGCAACAUCUUUCAGUACUCAAGAGAAACCAGGGGAUUACUCAUCAAAGGCACAAUACCUUUCAGAACUCUGCUGAUGCCAUCAAUGUCAUACCAGGGACUUAAUGGAGUCAAAGCUGGGAUCGUUAAGAGCGCUGUGUUGUUAUUGCUAUGAUCCUUCAAUUAUCUCUAGCAACUUCACUAAUACGGUACGUUUACGGUAUCUUGAUCUUUCUUGGUCCAGCAUUGUUAGACUGCCAAGUUCAGUAUGCACGCUUUAUCACUUGGAAUCAUUGAAGCUAAAUAAC